UUUUUUUUUUUUUUUAGUUCCUUGCAUUUACGUUACACUCUUUGAAAUUGGAAAAACCCUUGUAAGGAGAGUUUCGACUUGCCAUAUCGAAGAUCUAGUUUUUAAACAUAUAAUAUACGCAGUCAAAAGGCAAAGCUUUUAGGGCAGCAAUGGAAGCGGAACGUCAAAAUGGACACAACCAAACUUGAGAAGGUUAUGUGUGCAAAAAAUCUAAAAGUACCUCGAGAUUGGAAUGAACGCAACGCAACUCAUAUCAAUAAAUGUUAUGGCUAAACUUUUCAAGGGUGUUUACAUGCUUCAGUUUAAUGGGGAAGUAUAGUCUUCAUUGAUUACCAAUGUUAAUGUGACUGCCUGAAGUAUGGGUCGGGAAAGGCGUUGCUUGAUAAGAACCCCUACAAAUUGCCCUUUUACCUUUCCUUUUUAUUCUUUAAAGUUGCAUAAAUUACAAAUGGCUGAACCUGUGAAGACCACAUCAACGCAUUCUGGAGAGCUUCCUAUCGGUAAAGAUGGUAAACCACUCAAACCAUGUUGUGCUUGUCCUGAAACAAAGAAAGCUCGUGAUGAAUGUAUCUUUAAGAACGGCGAAGAGAAUUGUCAAGAGCUUAUCCAAGCACAUCUUACCUGUAUGCGAAACUUGGGCUUCAAAGUUUAAUAGCCCAUCAAACCUCAUCAAUCACUAUACCAUUGUGAACAUGUAAUUGAAUCCCUGCCUACGUACCCCAUAUUCUGUAACUUAUUUACAUCUAUUUAUUAAUGGACUAAUUGUCAAGAGCAAUUUGUGCACGCCUCGUCAAAUUUCAGCGGCACCAUCGGGCAUCGAUCAAAAUUGUAUUUCUAUAGAACCAUAUAGAUUUCAUAUAGAUUUUAAACAAUAAAAAAUCUGAAUGUGAGCAAUCUGUAAUUAUACGAUAUGAAAUUGUGUAGUGUACUCUUGUUAUUUUGUGCACCUUGGACUGUAUUUGCUUUGAUUU